UUGAAUUCAAGCAUGAACGCUUUUCAGAAUACAUUCCGAUGGCAAGAUCCAUUCCUAAAACUGUUGCUGGUAUCGACACCAAAUAGACUGCAUGUGAGAUUAGUUCAGAGUUCACUGGACUGAGAGUACAAUGUUAUCCUCCAAGUCAAGCAAUUGCCCAUCUCCACUCAGAACUUUCAAGAAGAAAAAUGGGCUCGGUCUCUAUGGGGCUAUCUAUCAGUCCGCGGCAACCAGCGAUUUAGAGUCUCACGACGACGGUUCGGACGAUAAUUCAUUAGAAGGAAUUGGCUCUGAAGACGAUCCUUUGCUGGAGAGCUUGAGAAGAAAUUUGAGCCUGGAAACAAAUUCAAACCUCGCUGUUCCGGUCCUCGAGAAAGACGAUGACGACGAUGAAGAAGAAGACGAUAAACAUGCCGAUCGGAAAUCGGUCCAUUCUGCCCUGGUGGGAGGAGCCUCCAGGUCGGCGACAACGAGUCUGGCCGAUGCCAUGGCCGACCCGGAUCAAGUCGGAACGGCUUCCGUUGCUUCGGAAGUCAUGUCCAUCACCAAGAACAUUCUGGGAGCAGGAGUGUUGUCGUUGUCGGAGGGUAUAGCUACGUAUAGCAACGAUCCGAAUGCAAUGAUAUCAGCUGUUGGGUGGGUCGUACUACUUGGCGGAAUGUUUGGGUAUUUUUGCGUGCUCAUUGCCAAAAUUUGCAAAAUGACGAGGUCGGCUACGUAUCGAGAGUGCUGGGAAAGCACCAUGGGCGAUCGUGGGGGAUUGGCGGUAUCAAUAGUGAGUGCCCUGUUGCCCGCCCAGGGCAAUCUCUCGGCCACCACUGUUCUCAGCCAAACACUGCAGAGCUUGCUCGAAACCUUUCAUAUAUAUUGGAGUCGAGUGACGUGUCUCCUCUUGUUGACCGUCUUUAUAUUGCUACCGAUGUGUCUUGUGAAAGACCUCGAUUCGAUUUCAACGUAUUCCACCAUUGGUGUGGUGAGCAUUGGGGUAGCCGCAAUUUCCAUGGUGAUCCGAUACUACGACGAAAGCUACCAACUCGGGGGAAUGUAUUACGAUGAGACAAAGAUAGAGUUCCGGCCAUCGUUUGGGCACGAGACGUUGUGGAACGCUACGGUUUUGCCCUUUGUUUGCAUGGUCUUCAAUUCCUAUAUCAUGCAUUAUAAUUCACCGAGAUUUUACAUGGAACUAAAAGAGAGAAGCAUCCCGCGUUACGCACUUUCCGUCGGUUUGUCCUUUGGGCUCGCUUCCAUAAUUUUGAUCCUGAUUGCUGGAUCGGGGUAUUUGACGUUUGGCAAGAAUUCUUCCUCGUACAUACUAAAUAACUAUUCACCGAAUGACCCCCUGGCAACCGCAAGCCGAAUAGGUGUGUUCCUCUCUACACUGAUGAUGUAUCCGAUUGCAUUUUUUGGUGUUAGAGAUGGGAUUUUGGAUGGUUUUGGAGUGCCUCAUUAUCAACAGACAAGCCGAUUUCUGGAUUUUGUGUCGGUUCUGGUACUCUCCCUGUUGACAAUCGGUGCCAUUUACUUUCACGACUUGGGCGUGAUAAAUACAGUUGGCGGUGGUACAUUGGCGACUUUGCUAUGCGUAAUCUUUCCAGCCCUUAUGUAUAGGCAGCUUGUUGUCAAUUCUCUUGAAAAAGAUGUUGGUCAGAUUGCUGAAUCUUGGAUGGCCUUGUUUCUCAUGUUGAUUGGGAUUGUCUUGGGAGGUUUAGGAGUCUAUCAGUCCGUCGUGGUGGAAUCUUCUUGAGAUUUGCGGUAUGCAUUACUAACUACCAGUAGCAGAUGACCAUUCUAAAUUAGAAACUGCUACAAUUAUUUAAAUACCGGUAAGGUGCAACGAGCAGUGCUGAAUGAAUACAGUCACUAUCAAUGUAGAAGCACGGUAGUAGUAUCACCAUGAACAGAACAAAACAAUGUUAUUGGGAACGAUUUUUUCCAGGUACUCGUCUGUCCUAGUCCGUUUGUUGCGUUUGAUCUGUUUCAUUUAGAGCUACAAAGUACAAUUCCCAUAAUGGCAAGCUAUUGGCAAUUUCCCGACUGUCAAUUUUUUUAUUUUCCCGUCUUUUUUUUCCCCUCUCCCCCUCCUCCACGAAAAAAAGUACAAGUCCGAAAAUAUUUCUAUACUUGAUACUUACUACUGAGAAUAUCAAAUCAGUGCUUAUCUCUAGUAUUAAGGACCACCAAUAGAAAUAUUUUGGGACCAUCGAGAAAUUAAACAAUGGAAAUAUUUUUAUUUUCGUCCUUUGGAUGCCAUUUUUAACUGGAUUUAACUGUAAAAAUGAGCUAAAAAUUUCUAUUAGUAUUUGUACGGGGAUUGCCAAUAGCUUGCCAUUAUGGGAAUUGUACUUAGUAGCUCUAGUUUCAUUGAGGACUUGUGUCUGUCCUUGGUCCUUCUCACGGUUGCUUCGAGGCAACGCCAUCCAACAAAAAAAAAUUCUCGACAAAACCUAAACGGAAAAAGUUACGACUUCGCGGGAGCGAUGAACGUGAGUGGCGGAUACGAUACACUACGUACGGGAUACUUUUCAAUGGUGCUACACAACAUGCGCGCUCUCGAUCUAUGGAAGAGAUAGUAUCGUACGACUACACCGUUCCUGCUAUUUAUUUUUCAAGAACAUAAUUUCCGCCUCCCGAUGCAUUCCUCUAUUUUUGAUUUCUUUGAAAAAAAAAGUCAACGAGGAAGAAGUAACCUACCAGCUGUCCCAGAUCUUGUACCUUACGAAAACGAUGCCAGCCGCAGACGAAACUUCGAAGGACAUGGCGCUUGCCAUUCUUAAACAACUGCAGGAGCUAGACUUUGCAAAAUCGUCAAAAGCCUUGGAGAAAGAAAUACUGAAACGGUUCUCGUUAAAAAGCUUGCCUGCGGUGCUCUCGGAUAAAGUAUUGUCGCUACAGCCGAUUAAAACGCCUGAGGUUGACGAUGACGACAGUAGCACCAGUAGUGAUUCUUCUUCGGGAUCGAGUAGCUCUUCCUCUGAUGAAGAAGAAACGAAACCAGCAGUGAAGAAGAGCAAGGAGUCUGUUAGCAUUACCGAGACCAAGAAAAAGGUUGACAGCGAUAGCUCCGAUAGCGACUCUGAUAGCGAUAGUAGUUCUAGUAGCAGCGAUUCCGAUUCGAGCUCAUCAGAGAGCGAAGACGACGAACCACCUAAGAAAAGGACGAAAACAACCGAUGUAACGAAAUCGAAAAAGGAGUCCGAAAUCGUCACGCCAGUAGAGAGCAGCGACAGUGAUAGCGAUAGCGACGUCAGUGAUGUUGACGUUUCCAGUGUCUCGUCUGUCUCCUCAGACGAUGAUAGCGACUCGGAUUCUGACUCGUCCUCUUCUUCGUCGUCUUCCUCUUCCGACUCAUCUUCGGAUUCUGAGAGCGAAGACGAAGAUUUGGAAGCCUUUCAAAAGGCGAAGCGCAAAAAGGCUGCGGAAAAAGCAAAACAGGCUGCAGAAGCAGCCUUGGCGUGGACGCCGAAAAAAAUCAAGAAGGACAAAGAAAUCAAAGUUGAAGCAGGAACGGACGGUGCCCAGGCUUUGUCUGCCGGCAAACCGUUCCAGCGAGUCGACGAUUCGUACUGGGGCGACAUGGCCACGAAGGACGGAGGUGCUAUGGCAGACAAUUCGUACGAGGGCGUCUUUGGGAAUGAUGGUUUUGGCGCCAGAUCGAGCGAAAAACUGCUUCAGGUUCGGGGGAAACGGUUCCAGCAUGAAAAAACAAAGCGGAAACGUUCAUUCAACGGUAUGUCCCGAACUGGCGGGAAGAUCGAUAUGGCGAGCAAUUCUACUAAAUACAAGUACGACGAUUGAGCUAUGAGCGAUAACAAUUUGACUGGGCAGCAACGCAAGUAUCAGUUCAAAAAUAAUUCAGAGAUAUCGUA